GGGGCAGGGGCGGGGCCAGGCCUGCACCGGGCCAGGCAAGAUGGCGGCCAUGGAGACCCAGUCAGCGCCGCUGACCCUAGAAUCGCUGCCCACCGAUCCCCUCCUCCUCAUCUUAUCCUUCUUGGACUACCGGGACCUAAUCAAUUGUUGCUAUGUCAGUCGAAGACUUAGCCAGCUAUCAAGUCACGAUCCGCUGUGGAGAAGACAUUGCAAAAAAUACUGGCUGAUAUCUGAGGAAGAGAAAACACAGAAGAAUCAGUGUUGGAAAUCUCUCUUCAUAGAUACUUACUCUGAUGUAGGAAGAUACAUUGACCAUUAUGCUGCUAUUAAAAAGGCCUGGGAUGAUCUCAAGAAAUAUUUGGAGCCCAGAUGUCCUCGGAUGGUUUUAUCUCUGAAAGAGGGCGCUCGAGAGGAGGACCUAGAUGCUGUGGAAGCUCAGAUUGGUUGCAAGCUUCCUGAUGAUUAUCGAUGUUCAUAUCGUAUCCACAAUGGGCAGAAGUUGGUGGUUCCUGGGUUGUUGGGGAGUAUGGCGCUGUCCAACCACUAUCGUUCAGAGGAUUUGUUAGAUGUCGAUACAGCUGCUGGAGGCUUCCAGCAGAGACAGGGACUGAAGUACUGUCUCCCGUUAACUUUUUGCAUACAUACUGGUCUGAGUCAGUACAUAGCAGUGGAAGCUGCAGAGGGCCGAAACAAAAAUGAAGUUUUCUACCAGUGUCCAGACCAAAUGGCUCGGAAUCCAGCUGCUAUUGACAUGUUUAUCAUAGGUGCUACUUUUACCGACUGGUUUACUUCUUAUGUCAACAAUGUUGUAUCCGGUGGCUUCCCAAUUAUCAGAGACCAAAUUUUCAGGUAUGUUCAUGAUCCAGAGUGCGUGGCAACAACUGGGGACAUAACCGUUUCAGUUUCUACAUCGUUUCUGCCAGAACUCAGCUCUGUCCACCCACCCCACUACUUCUUCACAUACCGAAUCAGGAUUGAAAUGUCAAAGGAUGCACUUCCUGAGAAGGCUUGUCAGUUGGACAGUCGCUACUGGAGAAUAACAAAUGCUAAAGGUGAUGUAGAAGAAGUUCAAGGACCUGGAGUAGUUGGUGAAUUUCCAAUCAUCAGCCCAGGUCGGGUAUAUGAAUAUACAAGUUGUACCACAUUUUCUACAACAUCAGGAUAUAUGGAAGGAUAUUAUACCUUCCAUUUUCUUUACUUUAAAGACAAGAUCUUUAAUGUUGCUAUUCCCCGAUUCCAUAUGGCUUGUCCAACAUUCAGGGUGUCUAUAGCCCGAUUGGAGAUGGGUCCUGAUGAGUAUGAAGAGAUGGAAGAGGAGGAAGAGGAGGAGGAGGAAGACGAGGACGACGAUGACUCGGCGGACAUGGACGAGUCUGACGAGGAGGAUGAGGAAGAGAGGCGGAGGAGAGUCUUUGACGUGCCCAUUCGCAGACGCCGCUGCUCUCGCCUUUUUUAGGGAGGCCGUCCUGAUGGAAGCGCUGGCAUGAAUCCAGUUGUUAAAGAGAUUUCCCAAUAAUGUAAAUAAUUAAAUUGUUCUCCACGUAUAGCAGGAAAACUAGCAUGAGAUAUUGUUCCAUGCCCUGGGUUCUAUGAGACAGCACGUUAGGAAUUGGAUUGUUUUGGUUUGCUUUGUGUUUUGAGGUAGAGGAGAAAAUGGGAAUCUUUUUUUCUUUCUCUCUCUUGUAGCAGUCAGAGGGAGAAUACUUCUCUAGCUAAAGAAGAGACAUUUCUUAGUUUCACAAUAUUUUAUACUUCUACAAAUACGGAGAUGGGAGGGAAUUGUUUUGAGUAAGGAUUGAAAACGGUAGCAGAAAUAUCUACACAAGGAGAGAGAGAAACUAUGAAUGAUUCUGUGAAAAGACUUCUUGCAGUUGUGACUUAUUUAGAAAUGAACAUAAUUUGUAAUUAGGCUAAUCCAUUGAGUGAUUCCUAUAUAUUUUGUACUCACAGGGAACUAACUAAAUAGCUUGAAUGCUAGUUGUUUGUCCUUUCUUAGACAAUCUAUCCUUGAAUUUGAAAUUUUCAUCACUACAACCUUGAACUUAAAGUCUUCAUCACUAUGACCUUGGCCUUGCAUUUAGUCUUCAACUCUGCCAACCUUGAAUUUAAUUUAAAAUCUUCAACAUGACAACCUUGAAUUUAAUUUAAAGUCUUUUAACGCUAUGACCUUUAUCAUACUGUUCACAGAUGCAUCAUUUUUGAAAUGUAGUGUGUAAAAGUAUUGUGUUGUUUAUUAACAAGAGUCUUCACAAUGUCUUAUGUAGUCUGAAUUUGUAAAUACUGCUUCCUGUUUUGUUUUUCCUUUAUACACUUGACUGUCUAACUUUGUGAUAAGUGACAUGAAUUUUAUGUUAAGAUUAAGUAUGUUUUCCUGAAACAUGGAUUUUUUUGUAAUUAUAUAAUUGAGAGUUUGGAAUGAAAUCCUCCAAGUGGCAAAAACUCACAUUUUAAAAACGAAUUUUGGUUCUGAUCCUGUA